AUUAACCCUCCUACAUUUUAGGUGAUGGAAAUGGAACCGAGCAGCCAAUCCAUGUGCCGUAAUGAAUGACGCAGGCUGCCCACCUGUCCUUAUUGGUGAUCUAAUAGUCUUUGCAUUUUGGGAAUACCUGUGCUAGCUUAGGACACGAUGUAUAAAUACCCCAGCUGCUGAGCAUUUUCUACUUGCUUACUCCAUUCUGUUUUUGUUGUGGACGCCCAGCCAGCAAUCUUCACUAUGCCUACCCAGUUGGAAGGAGCCAUGGAUACCAUGAUCAGAAUCUUUCACCAUUAUUCUGGCAAAGAAGGCGACAAGUACAAGCUGAACAAAGGGGAACUGAAGCAACUCUUGCAGAGUGAACUGACAGACUUCCUUGCUUGCCAAAAAGAUCCCCAGCUGGUUGACAAGAUCAUGAAUGACCUGGAUUCUAAUAAAGACAAUGAGGUUGACUUCAAUGAAUUUGUGGUGCUGGUGGCAGCCUUGACUGUGGCAUGUAAUGACUUCUUCGAGGAGCAGCUAAGGAAAAAAGGAAAAUAGAUGUGAUUCAGGGGUUAAUGUGAUGUAACGCACAGGCAACAAUGUAACAGAAGAGCAUCAGCAGUAUGAAUAUCUAUUAUACUAUAUCAGUAAUUGUUAAAUAAUAAACAUUGAAUACAC